AUGGGUAAUUGUGAAGUUACAGAACAAAAAAGAAAUUAUUUCUUCAAUAUAAAAUUAAAUGGGAUUCCUUCAAAAAUUAUUACAAAUAAUGAAAGGACAAUAACACACCAAGAAGAUAAGAGAUGUCAAAAAAUAGAUAAGAAUAAAAAUCUAACAACAUCUAUUAAGAAGAAUUCUAAUAGAGAAUGUUCUUUUAAACAAAGAAUAAAAGAAGAUCAGAUAGAUGAUUUUGAUUUACCAUUUUAUUGUGAUUUUAAAAGAAUUAGAUUAGAGGCAUUGUUUCAAACAAAUUCAUUUGAAGUAAUUUAUUAUUCACAUAAAGACGAAUUGAGUCAGAGACAAUUAAAUUCAGUCAUUCAAUUUAAACAAGAUAUUAUUCUCUUUUGCCUUUUGGAAAAUAGAAAAGUUAUAGGAAUUAGCUUUCAUAAUCAACCAUCUAUUCUUAAUCUUAAAGUAGAUAAUAUAUUUAUUCUUGAUCCUGACAAAACAAAAUUAAUUUAUCCAAAACAACAAUUUCCAUUAAUGAAUGAUGUUACACAUAGUAAAUUACAUUAUAACACUUCAUUACUUUUAUCUGUUUAUGGAGCAUUUUGGAUUACAAACUCUUUUACAUUAAAGUUAAGUUCAAUAAUUAAUACUGUCUAUUACAAUGCUUCAUUUUUGAGCUUUUUUAAAAGACCAAUGAAAAUUCAGUCAAUUAGUGUAGUAAUCCCUCACUAUUAA